UUUUGUUUUCUUUUUACAUAUUUGAACGAAAAGAAAAUAAUAAAGAAAAGUUUUAAUGCAUACUCCAAAAGAAAUAAUUCAAAAUGAGUUUAUGCCGAGAGUGGCAGUCAUCUGCUCAGCUUCAGCGGACGAAAUUUGCAUGAAAAACAAUUUAUCAUUCGUGGAAAUGUUACAGCCAUAUUGUCGUCUCACCACAGACGCUCACUUUAGAGACAAUUCAGGUGUUUCGGUAUCUGUGAAAGGUAUAUCAAUUAAUUUUGCAGAUGUCGAUAGCCGCCCGCCACAAACGAUGUUGGCACGAAAAUUGCUAAAUGAAUCUGUGGCUACGACAACAUCAAUUGAUUCAAAAAAGAUGAUAAAAGUUAGCGAAGAUCUAACUAUCGAUAUUCCUGAACCGUGUUCCUGGUUUGAGCAAUGGCGAGAGAUUUUCUUCAGCGUCCAAUUUCCUGCAGAUCACGAGUUCACGCGGCACUUUUUAUCUUGUUUAAUUGUCGUCUCGAAUUCCGAUCCAAAUCCACUUGAAAGUGCAACCCAAUUGACAUCCAAAAUCCAAAUGAUGCUCACUGCAGUACCUCCAAGACUUCCAAAAUGGUUUUCUACAGACGUUUUAAAUUGUUACGUUAUGCUGCACGAUGGAAGAAGCAGUGAUCUGAGCCAGACUCAGCAGGGCUUUGAGUCACUCAAGGCUGUGUAUGGUGAAAACAAGUGUUUCUUGUUGCAAAUAAAUAACAAUGAAAAUCCACAAACAGAUAUCGUAGAUGUCUGGCAUAAGUUUAUCAAGAGACAACAAAAAGGAGUCGAUUCAACAACAAAUGCAAGUGGUAGUGAUUUGAUUCAAACCGAACGAUCACUACCAGAUGUUCCUGUUUCAAUUACGCCACCAGAUACAUUAAAUGUUGAUAUGGGACCACAUGAACUAAUAGUUGCACAUCCGCUAAGUCCUAUGACCGAAACAGGUCAGGAUAUUCUCCAGAAUAGCUCUAUGGUUGACAGUUCGGAGAGUCUCACUCAACCAAAAUAUCAUAAAGAAAUCAAAACCAUAUCUGAUCCGAAUGACUCUAUACACGGUCAGUUUUUAUCUUCAGCAGAUCUUGAUAAUUUGCGACACUUUGUGCAGGACUAUACCAUACGAGCUUUGAUUCCCUUCGUCGAGAAACUUGUUGGAAUAUUAAAUGAAUCGAUUGCUAACAAAAAAGGUGUAAGUCGAUCACUACUGAGUGCUACUAAGCGAUGGUUUGUUACAAAUAAACCCGCAAUAGGAACAGGACAAAAUUCAAUUGCGUACACCCAAGAUUCAACAGAGCUGCAAACAAGGAAACUUGGAGAUUUAUAUUUUAUGUUUGGAAAUUACAUGUUAGCUUUCCAGGCGUAUCACCAGGCAAAACGCGAUUUCAAUGCAGACAGUGCAUGGCAAUACUAUGCCGGGGCUUUAGAAAUGGCGGCACUAUCGGCAUUUAUGCAAGGGCAGGCCAAUAGAAAAACAUAUGAUUAUAUGGAAGAAGCCAUUGUUACUUAUCUUAAUUAUUGUAAAAUGCCACAGUUUGCCACUCGAGCUACAUUAUUGAGCCUCGAAUGUCUGAAAGCAGCAAAAAUGUAUAGCGAGGCGUGUCGUCAACUAACACGAAUGACAUCUGAAGAUUCGGAUCUUCGGUCAGCUUUGUUGCUGGAACAAGCUGCAUAUUGCUAUAUAUCUACUGAGACUCCACAAUUCCGUAAAUAUGCAUUUCAUAUGGUACUAGCGGCACAUCGAUAUCAAAGAGCAGGCCAAAGAAAACACUCCUAUAGAGCUCAUAAAAUGGCUUAUGAAGUUUAUCGUGGAAAAAUUUGGAAUCUAGCGGUCGACCACGUUUUGCACACCGUUGGAAAACAAGCUAUGGCUUUAAAGAAACUAGAUGAGGCCAGUACACUAUUUGCUCACCUCUUACGACCUUCUGCUUGGAAAGAUGCUGAAAAGCAAACUUUAUUUUUCGGCGAUUACAUUUCGGCACAAAAAGCAUUACUUUCUAAUCAAGAAGAAACGAUUGAUGUAGAACUCCUUGAUGUAGCGAUUCCUGUUAUCGAUCAGUCUUCAGUCAAAGUUUUGGUGACAUCUCGUCCUCCAGUUGCGAAUCCUCUAUUUGUCCCUGCAUCAAACAUCACGAUCAAUAGUUCCCUAAACAAUGAAUCAAAAUGGAAUAAACUAGAAGAAAUGGUGUCUCAAUACGCAUCUCCAAAACCAAUAAUGGUUUUCAAACCAAACAGGGCCUUGUUUUCUCAUGAAUAUCCAGCUUUAAAUGACAGUCCUUUGUGUGUACACGGCGAACCAGUCGAAAUAUGUUUCACACUUGAGAAUACAAUUAAACCUCAGAUCAUUUUUGAAGAAAUUCAUUUACUCUGGGAAUUCGUUUCUGACAAUGAAGAUAAAUGUCGAGUUACUAACAAGAAUUUGUUCAAACUUGCCGGAAUCGAUAUACAAGCUAAGGAAAUAUUAGACAACGUAAUUACUGCCAUUCCAGUAUCUCGUGUAGAUUUUGAUGAGUAUGAAAGAAAAAGAUUAGUAAUGAAAGUGACGCCAAAACAGACAGGAACAUUAAAAAUAGUCGGGGUGGCUGGCCGUUUGUCAUGUCCUAACGAGACAAGUGGUUCUCUAUGGGGGAAAUUAAUGUUUGAGUCUAAUUGGAUCAAAAUCAAUGAUAAAAAAGUAGAGCUGGACAAAAAGUUGGAGAUACAGGUACUUCCACCAGCACCUGCUCUUCACGUAAGUUUUUCACAAACACCUGAGGAGGUUUUGGCAGGCGAAGUAAUUCCAAUUAUGAUAAAUUUAACAAAUGCUGGUACAAGUCCGAUAGGUGAUGUAUUUAUUGCUUCCGAGAAUCCUCGGUGGAUCAGCGUAAAUCCCGAAGAAGCGGAUUUACCUUUGUCCGUGUUACGUGAUUUUAGGAAUUUAAGUAACGACACAUUCCAUAGAGAAAAGGAGGCUCGAAAACAACAUGUUUUUAAGUUGUUUAAAUCAAAUGAACCAAGUGUUAUAAAUCCAAUGGAGACAAAAACCUCCUCAAUUUGGCUCCAAACUCCCUAUCAAAAGGGUAAGAAAGAAAUUUGCAUUCUCAUAUACUAUGCCAUGUCAAGUGACUAUCCUAAACUUCGGUAUCGCCUAGUAAGACACAUUUGGAAAAUGAAUGUUCAUGAAUCGAUCAAUGUUGGGGCCGAAUGUAAUAUUGGUUCAGAAAAAAACGAACUAGCUAUCGAUAUACAAAUAAAAAAUAUGAAUCAAGUUCAUCAUGCACUAAUGACAAAUAUUAUGGUAUCCAAUAUACAUCUUUUUUGCAGGCAAUACGAUUUAGACUCGGACAAGGUAAUAUUUUUAAACAGUCCGAGUUACAAUCGAAUUUUAAAACAAAAUGAUGAAACUGGUUUAAAGUCGGACGAAGCGAUUGCUCUUCGUAUUCCUUUGAAAGAUAAAAAAAUCGCUGUAUCAAAGGAGUCUGUCCAAGACUUUCUGAAAACUAGUAUUUCUGAAAUGGUUGUUCGAAAAAUUCGUGAAGCUAAAAACCAGCUCCCAGAACUAACAACUUCUGGUAGCUUUUUACUAAAACACGAAACGAAAUUUAUUGACGUGUUUGAGAAAGGCAUGAGUGCCGAAGAUUUCAGUAAUAUAAUUUCAAAACCAGACAGACAUAUGACUCUUUGUUUGUCUUGGAAGGCGAUAGUGAAUGAUGGAGGCACAAUUCAAAGAAGUACAUUUGGACAGCAUUUUAUACAACUGCGAAAUAUAUCUGAAAUAGUGUUCUGUCCCCUAAGAGAGCGUCUACAGACCACAACUUUCGUACAAGAGGCUCACCAUUCAAUAUAUGAUAUUCAACGAUUGUGUGAUGAUGAUUUAGAUGUAUCAAAUAAUGAAACAGAUUGGGAGGCUAAUAGUAGCUGGGCUGUUCAUAAUGUAAAUGUGGCUCAACGGUGCUUCAUUGAAUACGAAGUGCAAAUAACAGAUAUGAUUGAUGGAAAAACUACGAAAAUAUUUUGAAAUAAAAUAUAAGGUACCUAUAUAAGUGUUAUAAACCUUAAAAAUACUUGUGAAUCAAAUAAAUAUGUACAAAAUGUUUUGAAACGGCUACAUUUAGAUAGUUAGUUUUUUGUUUCGAUUAAUUGAAAUUUACUUAGUCAUUGAAAUUUAUUGAGUUUUACGAGCCAAAUUCUAAUCUUUCAAAAAAGGAAUUAAUUAAAUUAGUACACCUUAUAAAAUAAAACACUAUAAUGAUAAAUAUUGUUUUGCACAUCGUUUUUGUUUUAUUAAAAGUUAAAAUAAAAAGAAAAAAAUUUACAAACUUUAUAUAAGAGGCACUUGGAAGAAUAAAAGGCACUAAAAUUGCACUUUGGUCUUCAUAUAACGCAUUGUAUAUAAGGAGUCAUCAUACUUAUACCUAUAACUUCAUAGUUUUUUUCAUACUAAGGCUAACUGUUUAAUUCUACUUUGUAAAUCAAAAUGUCAGUCCAAGCCGAUUCAAAUAUAAGAAGAUGACCCUAUACAAAAUAUAUACAUAUACAAAUAUAUAUUUGCAUUAUAUAGAUCCAGAUUUGUGACAAAAAGAUUGAUAUUGCUCUCCAUAAUUGUCUUACAAACUAUCAUAAAAAGAAUAAUAAGGGUAUUGCAAAACCGUUUUCUGUUUCGCGUUUCAUCUUUGAAAUAAACACCAUGGGAGAUGGGGGAUAUAAAAAUUUUAUAUAGAUUUUCGUUUUUAGUUAGUUUUUAGUAAUGUGGAAAAGUAAUAAAAUUGUUCAAUUUUGAGUUAUUUUCUAUGAUAUUGUUAUAAAAUUAUCGUUUUGACUUAAUUUUUCAUUUCCAAAAAUUAAUUCUUGAUUUCUUAAUUUAAAUGUUCAUUAAUAACCUUUUGAAUAGUGCUAAAUGUCAAACUUGUUGAAAAACAGCUAAAAUAUCGCUAAAAAAGCUAGCAAAAAUUGAUUUCUUAAGUCAUUUAGUAUGAAAAAGUAUUUCAAAAUCUAUAUAAAAUUUCUAUAUCCCCAUGGUUAUUUUUGAUAAAAAUGAUGGAAGAGGAAACGCGAAACAGAAAACGGUCUUGGAACACCCUAAUGUAAUGAUCAUAUAUGUAAAUAUUACCUACUAAAUAUUAAUAUAAAUGAAUACAUAUUGCGUAAUUUUGUUAUUAAAUGAUGUAUAAUUGUAAAAAAGUUAAUUACUCAAUUCAUUUUUAAAAUUAAAAUUAAAUUGAAUCAAAUUAAAAACCUAAACUGCCUUUAAAAUUACUUUAAGAAAAAUUACUUAUGUGUUUAUCAAAUCAUAAUGAUCUUCUUUUAUACUCUGAUUUGUUGUCAACUCUUUAUUAAUACUUAAAAUGCAACCACA